AUGACGACGAUCAACAAACUGGGAGACGACCUCCUCAUCGAAAUCCUCAUCCGCAGCUUCCCAAACCCUGAAUCCGCCUGCCGCCGCAAGCUCGUCUGCAAGCGGUGGAGCUCCCUAAUCCUCUCCGAUCCCACCUUCAACCGCCGCUUUGUCUCUCACCACAGGAGCAGGCCGCCGCCACCACCAUCAACAACGUCAUUCCACCACCGGCAAUACCUCAGCUUCCUCCCCGUCCCCGACGAACUCUGGCCGUAUUUCACCGUAUGGGAUGCCUCCAACGACUUGCUCUUGUGCGGCUUCUCGGGCCAGGAGGUUUCCAGGACAUACGAAUUGAUGAGGAGAUUCUACUUGGUCUGCAAUUCGUUUACGAAGCAAUGGUGUCGUCCUUCCUCUGGUGCCCCAGUACUACUGGCCGCUAUUUAG